CUCGAUGCCCGCCAUGGCUACUGGCACUCCGCAGCUGCUCUCUCGAAAAGCAAACGGCGUCAAUGACGGCCCCUCGUCGGCCGAUGCCCCAAAAGCCCCAAAGAUGAAGGCACCCCCGCAGGGCGAGAAGGUUGUCGUUCGCCGACUGCCGCCGGGUAUGACAGAAGAAGAAUUCCUCACCAUUCUUGGGGAUGAAUGGAGGGUCGGCGGUGGAAAGGUCGACUGGUUUUCCUACUGGCCGGGCAAGGUCUCACAACAUCCGUCAAAGCCGUCACGGCCGUCGCGCGCAUAUCUCCAUGUGAUCAGGAGGGACCAAUUGACAGCGCUUUUGCAAACAGUUCAGUCGGCGAAGUGGGAGGAUGCUAGGGAGACGUACAACGAUCCGGUGCUGGUCUCUCCGCCCACUGUUGAGUUUGCCAUCUACAAGAAAAUUCCCAGCGAGAAAACGCGUGUCGAUGGCCGGCAAGGCACCAUCGACCAAGACCCAGAGUUCAUGGCGUUCCUUGAGAAGCUGGCGAACCCCGACGCGCACAAAGAGAUUCCGGAGACUGAUCAAGCGGCCGAGGAGACGGCCAAGAUCGAAAAGACGACCACGACACCCUUGGUUGAGUAUCUGAAGGAGAAGAAGGCAGCAAAAGCUAAGGAAGCCGUUGCAGCGAAAAGCGCGAAACAACACGCACGACAGGACUCGCAAGGAGGGGGAAAGGCGAAAGCCUCAACCGCGGCUCCUGAAGAACCCAAGAAGAAGCCGAGGGAUAGCAAGGGUGAUAAAGCACCUGAAAAGGCAUCUGACAAGCCGAAGGAGUCUGUAAAGAUUCUGACCAAAAAGGCUGCUGCCGCGGAAGCCGCUGCAGAGGCCGCCAAAGCUGUUGCCGCCCAAGCACAACAGAGUGCUCAGCCUAGCACGUCGUCCGGAGCCCAGGAGGUGCCAAAGAGCCGGAGAGCAGGCAUCGCGGCUGCGGCCAGGAUCCUGCAACGGGACCUGGGCCUCAGUCCGGGCAAUGCGCACAGGAAAGCCCGUCAGGAAGCGGCCAAGGCAGAAGCAGAAGCUAAAGCUACUACUAGCAAAGAGACACAGAAGGGCGCCGCUAAGCCCGCUUCUCAACCUGCGCCUGUGACCCCGCCUCCAGCGGCCCCUACUGAAGCCUCGACACCAUCCACUACGUCCAAAGCACAGCCGUCUGCUUCGGGUAGAUCCAGGAAUAGAAAACGCGGAAGCGGCGCCGAUGACCGCGCCAAAGCAAAGGGAGAUGAGAAGACCGACAAAGGCGCAGAGGCGCCGGCGCCGGCGCCAGCAAAACCUCCGGUUACAGUACUCAAAAAGAAGGAGGCGUCUCAAGCAUCACAAACUCAAUCGCCGGCAUCGGCCGCACUAUCAGGGCCUUCUACAUCAGCCCCUCCAGCAACCCAAGCAGCAACACCACCUCCUCCAUCCGGACCCAAGUCUGCGUCGUCAAAGCAAGGCGGCGGGUCGAAGAAGAUUAACGCCGCGGCAACACCCAGCCCUGGAGCAACGCGCGCCUUUGUCAAGCACGCCAAUCACUCACAGGGGGUUACAGAGGCUCUCCUCAAGGAAACUCUACAGGUGUUCGGCGCCGUCACGGCCGUCGAGGUUGACCGCAAGAAGGGGUUCGCGUAUGUCGACUUUGCAGACCACAGCGGCCUCGUCAAGGCCAUGGCCGCCAGCCCGGUCACGGUCGCGCAGGCGACGGUGCAGGUCCUAGAGCGCAAGGAUAUGGGCAAAAAACCGGCGGCACCGAGCCAGGCGAAGCCCACCGCCGGCCCCGCGGCGUCUUCUUCCUCUUCGGCUCCGGCGGCAGCAGCUCCUGCAGAAAAAGGCCCCGCGUUGCCGUCCCAACAAACAGCGCCGGCCGGGCCCGCAGCGGAGAAAGCUGCUGGUGGCGAGCAGAGCAAGCGUGGCGGACGCCGACGCGGUGGGCGUGGCAGGGAUAAGGAAGCCAAGGAGGCUGGCGGGAAGGAGAGCGGCGGUAAGAACGCGGAUGGAGGCGGUGCAGGUCCGGCUACGGCUUCAAAUGCUGGUUGA